AUGCCAUCUUACGCAGGCCUUUGUAGGGUCAAAACCGGCCGUGAUAUACCUGGAAAGCUCUACUGUACAAGACCCAACAUCCCACUCCCUUUACUCCCCAAAUGUCCCAGUGAUUCAGACAAGAAUACGAAAGGUGCCAAGGCCAUUCAAGGCGAGGAGCAGAAGCAGCAAACUUCCACCAAUAUCUACAAUUUUUAUGAUCCAGGUAAGCCUCCUCAUUAUAGAAUGAAUCGAGGAUCUUGACUGACUAAAAACAACCCAGCUCAUUGGAAUAUUGUCCCAAACCCAACAUACGCAGAUGGAACGCCCUGCCGUGCGAAAUUUCCAGAUUAUAAAAAGUUCAGAUUGGUUGAGUGGCCUACGGAAGAAAUACCACCCUUGACUGGAUUUGCGAAGCUCCCUGGUGAAGUAAGUAUGAUUCUAUAUUCCUCCUCCUUUUAUUACAUAAAGCAUCCAUAGGAAGGCGGGUGUACAGAGGCUGACUUUUCUUCGUGUCUUAGUUGCGAAAUCGAAUCUGGGAACUAAGUCUGCCGGAUCCAAAGUUGGUGUUUUUGACGCCUAUUGGAUAUCGUUACUCAAUCGACGGACUUGCCGACGAUCAAGACAGCUACCAGCAUAUGUUUUCCUGUAAAGAUUCCCUAGGCAUUUUUCGACUAUACUAUCGUGACAUUCAGCCUUUGGAACUGGCCAGAGAGGUGCUGAAGCAGAGUGGAAUGUAUAAUGUGGAUGAUUUUGACCACCGAAAACUCUUAAGACCGAUCUACGUGGAUGGCGCCCGGGACGUCGUCGUUGUGUUCGAGACUGGUUCACUCGGUAGUCUUAGUCCGCAUGAGUGGUCGACUACGCCACUUGUUCUUGAUGGCAUUCAGAGCCUGGCAUUUGUAAAGAACGGCGGGUGGGAUGAAGGUGAAGUUUUUACUGAAGAGUUUAUCUCCUCGUUCCCUUCGCUUAAGAGUUUGACCUGCAUUUUGAAUUAUCCGCCAACCAGUGAGGCCGGAUAUGAGAGUCUUAGCACGGAAGCUGGCGAGGUAGCUGGCCUUACGUCUCUCCGCCACCGCCAGCGUUUCAGAUUGGUCCCUAUGAAUUCUCAACUCUGCAAAUCUAUAAAAGUCUCAAAAAAGCGUAACGAAAGCCGCGAGUCAGCCAUGUGGUUGGACAAAUCAAAGAUGAAUGAAUGGCGCCGAAUGGCAACGGGGAUAUACAAAGACCUGCAUUCUCUCCCCAUCGCCGACUCAAAAACAUGGGACUUCAAUUGCGCCCUCAUAUGCAGAGAAGACCGUCUGGAUUGGUGGCAGUCUGAACUCUUGUACCUCCAACCAAACAUAUCCGCGGAUGACCCACGCGCGAAGCAACUGGCGCAUUAUACACUGCGACCCGUGUCUCGUUGCGCAAGAGACCAUCCUAAGGAACCUGUCAUCAUCGGUAUUCCAUAUGAUCGGUCGAAAUGUGAAGGAGAGUGGUUUUACUGGGACCAACAGUUCGUGGCGCGGGAAAGCGCGGAUCCGUAUGAGGGACUCAUGAACUUUUUUGGGGAAGAGAAUCUCGAUCAAUAUGAUGGUCUAAUGAGAGUAUUUGAGGAGGAAGAUAGUCCUGAACUACCCCAGGAGGAGAGCGGCAUUCAUUCUCGACGGAAUUUGGAACUCACGGCUUGGUAUGAGCAGGAUGGACAGAAGGACGUGGUGUUUCUUUAUAGACCGGCGGUUUUGGAUGAUGGUAAUCCUCCGGCAUACUUACUCUGA